GAGUCGGCCGCAGCACCGCCCGGGGGAAACCGCUGCCGGCGGAAGGAGAGCCGGGGCGGUGAGCGGGGAUGGGGUUGUGCGUGUCUUCACAUCGGCCGUGGGCACCGGGGAGCACGGGCAGCGUCCCGACGGCAUCCGGGUCGCGAUCGCUGAGGGCCAGGCGGGGCACGGCUGGGGCCGCCCGGCGUCCGGCGAAACACGGAGGGGCCGGGAGCGGGCGCUGAGCGCGCCGUGCCCGCUCCCAAAAUGGCGCCACGCUCACGUGAUGGCGGCGGAGGGGAGAGGAGCGGGGCUCGGGGCGUGCGGGUGGCCUGCAGGGGUGUCCUCGGCUGGGCGGGGCGGGGGAUGCGCCUGCAGCUGGGUUGAGGGAGGAUUUGUCCUCGUUUACAGAAGCGCUGCCUCUGCGGGCGUUCUGUGGUUAACACUGGGGUCCCCCAGCUGCGUCACUGAAAAGCUGGGCUGGGUUGGUGGGCUUACUUUCCUGUAAGAACUUGAAGUGGGUUUCAUCCUGAAGUCUUACUGCUCUUGAAAAAGUUGGAGCUGCUGCGGGAAGGGGUGCCGAGGUAGUAACUACAAGGUUUUACUCUUUACAUAUGAGAAUAAUCCUUGGCUUCCUGCUGGAAGUACAUAAUGAACUGCCAUCACUGCGAUAAGUGCCGAUCAGCUGUGGGAUGUGGUGUGGCACUGCCUGACCCAGCGCCCUGCCUGCCCUCACGGGGGUUCAUGGAAGCUGAGCUCGGAGCACUGCACGUGCGACAGACCUCCGCUCGGCGCUGUGGCUGUUUAAAGGAAUAAUGUUUCCAACAUGUCUGUGCAGUCGCUGCUUUGUGAAAGAAUUGCCGUUGCCAAAGAACUGAUCAAGAGAGCAGAAGCCCUUUGCAAGUUCCAGAAAAGGAGAAUAGAAGGUGGGGCAAAACUAUGUGGCAAACUGAAGGCUGAGUUAAACUUCUUAUACAAAGUGGAGUCAGGGAAGGUGGUCAUUAAAGAAUCCCAUCUGCAGAGUACAAACCUCACCCAUCUCCAAGCCAUUAUCCAGUCAGCAGAGAACCUGGAGGAUGUUGUCAGUGUCCUCCAAGUCUUUUCUUAUGAGGACAGGUUUGGAAACAGACAGACACUGGUGGUAGAUGUUGUAGCAAAUGGAGGUCACACGUGGGUGAAGGCCAUUGGUCGGAAGGCUGAAGCCCUGCAUAAUAUCUGGCUGGGAAGGGGCCAGUAUGGUGACAAAAGUGUCAUUGAGCAGGCUGAAGACUUCCUGCAGGCAAGCUGUCAACAGCCAGUGGAGUACAGCAAUCCCCACAUAAUAUUUGCCUUCUACAACAGCGUGUCCAGUCCUAUGGCAGAGAGACUUAAGGAGAUGGGGAUAUCUGUGCGAGGAGAUGUUGUUGCAGUGAACUCUCUAGUAGAACCAUCUGUGGAAAACCAGCACCUAAGUGCCAGUGAAUCAGAUGAAGAAGACCUUGAACUGCAGGUUACCAGAGUGGAUCGGGAGAAUUUAGUGACCAGCAUUGCUUUUCCUACACAGAUCAAAGUAAAUGUGUGCAAUAGAGUGAACUUAGACAUCACUACGUUAAUAACCUAUGUCUCUGCUCUGAGUUAUGGUGGCUGCUACUUCAUCUUCAAAGAAAAAGUGCUAACAGAGCAAGCAGCUCAAGAAAGAAGAGAGAGAGUCCUGCCUCAGCUGGAGGAGUUCAUGGAGGGGAAGGAGCUCUUUGCAUGUGAAUCUGCUGUCAGAGAUUUUCAGUCAAUCUUGGAAACACUGGGAGGGCCUGGGGAGAAAGAGAGAGCUGCAUUGCUUGUUAAAAGAAUUAAUGUGGUCCCAGAUCAGCCAUCUGAUCGUGCCUUACGACUAGUGGCUAGUUCAAAAAUCAACAGCCGUUCUCUGACGAUUUUUGGGACAGGAGACACUUUAAAAGCCAUCACCAUGACUGCAAAUAGUGGUUUUGUGAGGGCAGCUGCUAACCAAGGUGUCAAGUUCAGUGUUUUUGUUCAUCAGCCAAGAGCACUGACAGAAAGCAAAGAAUCUGUUGCCACACCUUUACCAAAGAGCUGCCUACGUGAUAAUGGAUUGUAAUUUGUUAAAGGAAUUAAUCUCUGAAUAUUGCUGAUCUUUCAGUAGAAACAUCGGGAGAAAAAAGGAAGUCAUAGCAAUACAUUUUCUGAUUGUGUAACAGUGAGAACAGUAAUUGGAGCAACAGAAGGGUUCCCCAGGUGACUUACACUGUCUUUAUUCAGUUUUUGGUUUUUGUUCAACUGCUAAUUUAUUCACUAAAGUAAUAAGAUUUCCUUGAAAAUCAUUAACUGUUACAGUAUAUUAAUCCCUAUAUAAAUCCCUAUUUUAAUCCAUCCCUAUUAAAACAUUCAGUUACAGCA